AUGUCAACUAUCACUUUAACAAGAGAAUCUCACAAGAACCCAGCAAAGUUCAGAAUCAACCAUCAAGAUGAAUUGGACAUUUUAGGUCCACAUCGUAAAGAUCGGUACGCUAUCAACGACAAAUUACCAACCAUUACCACGACUUCUAAACUUGCUAUUAUUGGUGCUGGGUUUGGAGGUAUGGCUGGUGCAAUCAAAACCAUGGAAAAAUAUGAUGAACAUGACAUUCAGAUUUUUGAAAGACAUGACAACUUUGGAGGUACUUGGUACGCCAACACUUAUCCAGGAUGUGCUAGUGAUAUUCCUGCUUUAUGGUAUUCUUUUUCAUUUGCUUUGACUUCAAACUGGAGUAGAAUUCAACCACCACAAUAUGAGAUGGAAGAGUACCUUUUACGAGUUGCUGAUAAAUUCAAAUUGAAAGAAAAAACAAGAUUCCAAACUGAAAUCAACAAAGUUGAAUGGGACGACGUCAAUGGACAAUGGACUCUAUUUGCACACGAUGUUAAAACUGGACAGAGAAUUAUUCAUAAAAGUAAACUUUUACUUGCUUGUCAUGGUGGGUUAGUUCAUCCGUUACACUUUGACGCCAAGGGUUUAGAUAAUUUUAAGGGUGAUUACAUGCAUUCAGCUCUCUGGGACCAUUCAGUUGAUUUCAGAGGCAAAAAAGUUGUUGUUGUUGGUAACGGAUGCAGUGCUAACCAAGCUGUUCCUGCAUUACUUAAUGAUCCUCAAUACAGUGUUGGUUCGUUGACUCAAAUCUCCAGAUCCAAGCACUACAUUAUGAGACCACUUCCAAAAGUAAUUUACACACUUUACCGUUUGUUUUCAUUCAACUAUUUCACGAUGUAUUUUUUCCGAUUGAUGUUUAUUUUCUUCUCCGAAUUGAAAGUUCCAUUGUUUAAAGGUGGAGGUGUUGUUUCUAAUUUUGUACGUAAGGUAACCACUGAGGCAUCUGUUCAGUAUAUAAAAGAAGUUGCCCCAGAAAAAUAUCACGACAAGCUUAUUCCAGAUUACAAAAUUGGUUGCAAAAGAUUGAUUUUUGAUUACAACUAUGUUCCAUCUUUGAAAGAUCCCAGAAUUGACAUUAAAACAGAAGGUGUUGCUAAAGUUGUUGAAGAUGGUGUUGUGUUGGAAAGUGGUGAACAUAUUGAGGCUGACAUUAUUGUUGCUUGUACUGGUUACAAUUUAAGCAAAAGUCAUUUCAAUUUUGAGAUUGUUGGUCGUAAUGGUGCUGAUAUUACCCAACUUUGGAAGGAAGAAGGUGCAAGUGCUUACAGAACCCUUUUGAUCAAACACUGCCCAAAUCUCUGGACAAUUGGAGGUACAAACUCAAUCACUGGUCAUGCUUCGGUUGUUAUGGGAAUUGAAAAUGGUGUUGAUUAUUUCCUCAAGACUGCUAAACCUGUUUUCCAAGGAAAGGCAAAAUCUGUCCAAAUUAAGGAUGAAGCUUAUGAUAACUGGCUUACUACUCUUCAAAAAGAAAUUAACAAGUCUGUUUUUGGUACUCCAUUCGGUGGUUGUGUUUCUUGGUACUCUGGUGCAAAAGUCAAUUCUGUUUCGUACCCUUGGAGUCAGCUUCAUUACUGGUGGAAAACUCAAUUUCCUACUUAUAGUGACUUGAAGUACGAACCAUUAACCGAAAACAAAAAAAGAAGAUAA